GUUAACGAAGGUUGACGGACUUUGAUGUAAAAGGGUGUUUAUUUACCAAAUAUUUCCUUAAAUGGCGGGGGAAGUAGUUGUCGACGCAUUACCGUAUAUUGAUCAGGGAUACGAUGAACCUGGAGUCCGAGAAGCGGCCUUGGCUAUGGUUGAAGAAGAGACGCGUCGAUAUAGACCGACGAAAAAUUAUUUAGAACACUUGCCACCACUGAAUAUUACUGCUUUUGAAACAGAAGUAAUGAAACAUGAAUUCGAGCGAAUGCAGAAUCGUUUACCCAUGGAAGUGCUCAGUAUGAAACGUUAUGAAUUACCUCCACCUCCUCCAGGGAAAAUGAAUGAUCUUGCAGCUUGGAACGAAAGUGUAGAAAACAGUAGUGCACAAUUGGAACAUCAAGCUACACGAAUUUGCAAUCUUGAGUUAAUGAUGGAAUAUGGCUGUGAAGCAUGGAAAUCUUAUUUAGAAAUAUUAGUACAAUUAGUAAGUCAAGCACAAAAACAAUUGCAAGCAUUAAGGAAAAAGAUUCAAGAGGUGAAUUGGCAAAGAAAAUCUAUGCAAACUCAAGGAGGAGAAAAAUUGAGGGCAUUAGAGGCACAGUGGGUUGGACUGGUGUCAAAGAAUUACGAAAUUGAACAAGCAUGUGUUCAUUUAGAGGAAGAAAUACAGAAGUCUAUGUUGAACAAAGGUGAAGGUGUGGAAAUUAAUGAUGUACCAGGGGAGGAAGAACCUGAUGUCCCUGGGAAAAGUGCCACAGAGGUUAUGGCAACUGAAAUGGAUCAGCAAGAACAAGAAAAUCAAGAAGCUUAA